CAACCUUUCAUUGGCGAAAAUCUUUGAGGCCGAACCAUUCCGAGGAAUUGAUCCAAAGUCAACCACAACACCAGAACAUCAUCAUCACCGCCACCAUCACCGCUCCCUCGACCAGCCAUCGCUCCGCACCCUCUCAACCCACGACAUCAUCAAGAUGCAUCUGAUGUACCUUCCCGGGCCCAACGGCUCCGGCCGGCGAUACACGCUCAAGAAGGUCAUGGACGGGCAGGUGACCAAGUCGGCGCACCCGGCGCGCUUCUCGCCCGACGACAAGUGGUCGCGGCACCGCCUGGCCGUGCGCAAGCGGUUCGCCGUGCUGAUGGAGCAGAAGAAAUGAAAUGGUUUUGCUGCGUUGGCGGGGGGCACGGCGCGGCGAGCGCAGCCUUUUCCAGACGGCGCGACGCAACCGCACUAAUCUACAAAAUCGGAGGAUGAAAGUCAGCGGUCCGCGUCCCGAGGCGUGUUCGCGGUUCCGGUCAAUGCUCGAUGCCGUUGAACGACGCUCAGCACUUCGGUCAAGCGAGGGAGACUUUUUCAGGGGAGCAUGGGAGACCGAAGAGCGGAUGCUCUGUGAUAGUGGUGAUGACUGUGCAACAAAGCUGGGCGUUGGAUUGGGCCAGGUCUUAUACAUGGUGGCGGCGUUAUUUGGUCGCUACAUGCUUGCGUCGGCAAGCGGGAACUGCAAAGAACUCAUUUGGCACAGGGUCUAUUGUCCGCCUCGAGCUAUGUUCGCCCUGAGGUCGCCCUGAGGUCUAA